UAAUGUUUUCUCUUCACUUCAUUCAUAAGAUAUUUGUGUAAACAGAAUACAAUCUUACACCACAGUGAAAAAUAUUUUCAUCAAAGCUGAGCAACUUAUUCAAAACUUGAGCAGUUAUCGAAAAUUACAUUUACUAGUUACGCACGAACUUGAACGACAUCGGGAAAAAUGGAAUUGUGUCGCACCUGUAUGGCAGAGAGCCAGACUCAACUAAUUCCGGUUUAUUCCAAGUUGGAAGACGAGUUCAUAGCAAAUAUCAUCAUGGAGUAUACUUCCCUCCAGAUUCGUGAAAACGACGGUCUUCCGACUCACAUCUGUUUCCAGUGCAUGGAAGCGUUGAAGCUGCUUACUGUGUUUGUUCGAACAGCACGGAAUUGUGAUCGCCAGCUGCGCAAACUUUUCGAGCAGGAAGCUGUAACUUUGCAGGAAAUAAACUCUAAUAUAACGCAUGAUGAUAAGAUUUUGGUAAAACAGCAAAAUGAUUCGUUCCAGUUUGCUGAAGUGAAAAUUGAGCCAACCGAAGAAUUAUUAGCAGAAUAUCUGGAUUCAGAACCAGAACAAGCGAUCUCAAGCGGAAGUGAAAAUGCCGCUAACGACGACAGAGAUAGCGACGAUUCGAGCAACUGCAGCAGAAGUCACAGUGGUAGUGAUAGCGAUUGGAACGACAGCGAUGACGAUGAUUUUAAAGGAAAGGAAGAACCCAAGACAACGAAAAGACGUGGUAGAAAACCCAAACCGAAGCCAAUGAAUAGCGAUGACAAACCAUUAUUAAACAAACGACGUCCCAAGAGAGACAUUGAUCUGGCCAUGAAUGACUAUGAAAAAGAAUUAUAUACGGUUAUUCAUGUAGGUAAAAACAAGCACACGUGUUGCGGUUGUUUGCUAAUUUUCGACACAGCAAAUGAACUAGAGUCCCAUCGUAGCAAGACUCAUACUCGGAAAAGAGAUUCUUCGACAGCGAAUCCAACCGAUAAGGUGCUUUGUAAUGGAUGCUUACGAAAGUACAAAUCGAAACGACGAGUUAAUUAUCACAAGGAACGUGUCAGGCAACUUGAAACUAUCUGGGAAUGCAAUAAAUGUAAAAAUCGGUUUUCAGAACCAACGCGACGACGAUCACACGCUAAGAAGCAUCCACGUCGAAUAGCUUCUAUGGCCGUUGUGGCUCCUAUCAAAGAGCUGAUUCAACAAGAGUUAGGUUGGAUUUGCUGUGCCCAGGCUUGUGGGUUAUCGUUUCCUGCAGAAGCAGAGUUAAUUGCUCAUGCCCACAAGGCUCACCAGAUCAAUAAACAAGAAGCUGAGCUGGAAGAAAACCGAGAAAAACCUGUGCAAUGUCAGGUGUGCUACAGACGAUUUCUCGACAAGAAUGGCCUAAUCAAUCACCAACAGCGGCUCUAUCGAUUACACAAGUACCAAUGCUCCCUUUGUGGACUGCAGUUCAACAGUGGUGGACGUCUCAACGAACACGAACUCACGCAUCAAAGCGAGAGACCCUUCAAAUGCGAGCUAUGCGGUAGAGCGUUCACCCAAAAGGGCAAUCUGAAAACGCACAUGACCGUACAUACAAACGAAAAGCCCUAUCAGUGCACUGUUUGUGGAAUGGCUUUCCGUCAAAAGGGGGGACUAAAAACGCAUAUGUCGAAUCAUAUUGAAAAACCUAGAUUCAAAUGCGAAGUAUGCUCGAAGAUGUUCAAGGCCAAGUUACAUUUAAGGUAUCACAUGCGUAUUCAUAACGGAGAGAAACCGUUUCCUUGCCGCUACUGUGAUAAAGCUUUUACGGACUUCACGAAUCGUAUGAGACACGAGAUGAGUCAUACUGGAAUCAAACCAUACAAAUGUGCUUUUUGCGAAAAAUCAUUCAUCAGAAAACGAUUCCAGAUGGAGCAUGAAAGUACACAUACCGGAGUGAAAUUGUACAGCUGUGAAGUUUGUCAACAAAGUUUCGCCCAGAAGAAUUCCCUCAAAAAGCAUUUAUCGACUGCUCAUCCAAGUUUCGAAGACAGGCCAGAUGGUAACAUUGUGGUAGUUGCAUCAAUUUCUCCCUCCCUGUAGGUAGUCGCAUCUAUUCUAGACGAAAACAUUAUAUACGAUUAACAAACAAUCUGAAGGAUGAUUUUAAUUGUAACAUCCUUCUUGAAUGGCAGUCAAUAAUUCUUCACGUAUAAUAUACACAACUAUGAUGUAUUCGGUAAUCACGGAUAUUCGAAAAAUUGAGAAAUUGUCCUGCUACAUACGUUAUCCUACCGCUCAAAGUCUUGGAAGCCCUUCGAUAUAGUAAACAGAAAAAAACGUUGAGAUCCACAUAACCACUAUUUACCUAGAAAGCUUGAAUGGAUCGAUAUGAAGUAUAAGAAAUAGCGAAAACGGGAUGGAAAGAAAAAUUUUCACACAAAAAAUGACAGGCAGUAUACUGACCACACCCCCGCAGCUCAAAAGCGUCAUAACAUAUUUUUUGAUGACGUCAAUUGCAGAUUGCUGAUCCUUCCAUCGUAUUAGGCAUGCAAUGAGCACAUAAUUUUACAACCACUUACGUAACGGGUUAUCCAGGAGCAAUGAACUUUUGUAUUCUCCAUGGCGGUCAACUGAGCGAGUAAGGAAGUAAAAGCUUUUCUCGGGAAAUUUACAAAUCUCUACAUAUUUGCAAGUGUGUUAGUUAAUACCAUGAGAUUUGAAAACACAUCCCGACAAAGUAGGCUUAUUAUUGUGUACAGCACAGUGUUGCCGAUUUAAAAUAGACU